AUGGCCUCGUCACUCGUCCUCUGUCUCGUGUCACUGCUGAUGGCGACGAUCUCGACGACGACGUGUUCUCCGCAGGAAUUGAAUCCAGAUGUAAACUCAGACCCGACCGAUCGGCCCUCUGGAAGCACGGGGCGACCGGAGACGGCCGAGAUGUCCGGCGGUCCGUGGCGCAGCAUCCAGGCCGAGAUGGUGCACAAGGACCACCCGCUGCGGGCAGCGCCGGGCAGCCUGUCGUUCAAGGAGAGGGCGGAGCGCGACUUCCAGUCGAGCAGGAGGCGGUUGGAGGUGCUGCGGUCGCGGCAAGAGCGGUGGCUGGCGGGCGGCGGCGGGCUGCCGACGUACGUGAGCAACAUGACGACGAGCGCCAACGAAGAAGAGUACGUCAUGAUGAUCUCGCUAGGCACGCCGGCGCAGAACUUCCUCGCGAUCGUAGACACGGGAAGCGACCUGACGUGGCUGCAGUGCCAGCCGUGCGCGGACUGCUUCCCGCAGGCGGACCCGCUGUACGAUCCGUCGCGUUCCUCGUCGCACGCCAACCUGACCUGCGCCGACAGCGCGUGCCAGUGGUUCACGUCGCAGUACCCGGACUUUACGCACCCGAACUGCCCGCUGGAGUCGGGCUCGAGCUCGAACGCGAGCUGCAACUUCUUCUACGCCUACGGCGACGCCUCCAAUACGACGGGCGACAUCGCCAUCGACACCAUCCACCUGACGUCCACCGACGGCGCCGUCGUGGACGUGCCGAACUUUCUCUUUGGGUGCUCGCAGAGCUCCUUCAGCGACUCGGGCCUCUUCUCCAACGACGGGAUCGUCGGGCUCGGCCGAGGCGGCAUCUCCUUCCCAACGCAGCUCGGAGCCAGCUUCGGUUACAUCUUCUCCUACUGCCUGGUCCCCGCCACGGGCGUCGCGACGCAGACGAGCCAGCUCAUCUUCGGGAGCGCCGCGACGUCCAACGCGACGGGCAUCCAGUACACCCCGAUCCUCUCCAACUCGACGUUCUACUUCGUCGGGCUCCAGGCCAUCAGCGUCGCGGGCCAGCCGCUGGGCAUCCCCAGCUCCGUCUUCGCCAACAACGAUACCGACUCCAGGACGUACUUCGACUCCGGCGCGACGUUCACGUAUUUGCAUCCCCAGGCGCUGGACGCGCUCGUCACCGCGCUGGUCGCCGCGAUUCCCUUCCCGCAGAUCCCCAUCACGAUAAACGGCGUCGAUUACUGCUGGAACGCAUCGGGCCUUACGGACGCCGAUAUCGCCGCGCGCGUCCCGACCGUCUCGUUCAACUUCACCGGCGCCAACUACGACCUGUCCUACGACAACACGUUCCUGACCUUCGACGACGCGAGCUUCUGCCUGGUCAUCUUCAGCGUCCCGCUCGGGUCGGCGUCCAUCAUCGGCAACCACCAGCAGCGCAACGUCUACAUGGUGUACGACCUCGCCAACAGCCAGAUCGGGUUCGUUCCGCGCAACUGCGACGACUCGGUUUCCGUCUAG